CAGACUCAAAACUCAAAACCGUUCAUUGAGGGAUCCUGUAGCAACAUGAUCAACAUGGGGGAGUUGCAACUCGUCCAUGCUCUUGGUCUGGAGAUUCCCUCUCAAAAGCUCUUGGAUCGUCUUGGCGACCAAGUGCUGAACCCACCAUGCCCCCGAGCUCGAAUUCCUCUCGGGCCGCGUAAUCAGCUGCACCAGUUUUACCAAGGAUAUCCCACAGAUUCAGACUCAGACGACGAUGAGGACGAUGAAGACGAUGAAGACUAUGACGAUUAUCUCAUGGCUGCCCCAAAUACCGUACCGGCCGUACCGGGGCAGGCCAUUGGGCCGGCCAUUGAAGGUGCCAACUGGACAGUAGAUGGUACUGGAAACCUGGCAGCCCUUACAGGUGAGGGCAAGGAAAGUGCAGCGAUUCAGGAUGAGAUGGCUGCAGCAGCGCAAACAGCUGCUGCAGGCUACGGGGCCUCGACCUCGAAGCCACCUGGGCUGGGCGUCGUUCGCGACGAGGUGAGCAACGAUGAGUUCGGAAUGUCUUCGAGUGAGAGUUCAUCUGUGUCACCGCAAAACGGUGUCGAAGUUGGACCUUGGCCAAAUUCUCUACCAGAAAAAAGGUUCGUUGUUUGCAGACUGUAAG